AGCGCAAGUGCUCUGUCGAGCGUGAUUUCUCCCCUCAUGGUGGCGUGUUGACUUUCUAUGGAUGUACUUCUGGGCAGCGAAGAUUGUUGCAGCAGCUUAACAGCUCAGCCCGGAGGAUUCCUGUUCGCCAUCGUCCGCACAACCGCGUUUUGUUUGGGAUUUGCGAUGAUAAGACUUAAUCUGCACUUCGCAGGCAAGCUAAAAAUAACUUUUGCCUUGAAAUACCAAGCUGAACGACUGUUUUGGAGCUGGUCUUGCGGUUGUUGGUGGGUACGGUGUAGCAACAGGAAAGCUCUCGCCGCCUUUUUAGACCGCCGGGAUUUUGUCGCGUUCUCCAACCUUUUUUUGGCGCCAGACAAACAAUUGAUUCUUUGCACUACAUCCCUCUGCGGCGCUUCUUGCACUCGCGAGUCACGCUCCCAGUAUGGAGAGCGCGGAAAAUCUGGUUGGCCUUCGCGGCCUUUUCCAGGAUCUUUCUGCACUUCCUGACCACCCGUCGUUUGGGAACAUUGACCGACUCCGCGUCGAGCUCGAGGCUCACAUCCAUGAUUUUAGGGACCUUCUUGACAAACCCACGAAAAACAAUGCAAGUCGGCAAACUGUCUUAUCUGGGAAGAUCACAAUCGACGAUGUGGAAUACUCAGUCAACGAAGAAUUCCGGCAGGGCGCGCUCCAACUCGCCGACGCACUCGAUCUCGAUGAAAUGGUCGCUGCGCUCCUAUUUUUCAAGGCCCAAGAGAAUACCCAGAUGCUGGACAGACCCCCAAUAAUUACAGCCAUCAUACAAUUCCACGAACGCCGACUGUUUCUCCUAGAAUCGCUACGAUUGAUCCUCCAAGAAUCCUUUGAGGUUGAGAGAGAAGCCACACAGGAGCUGGCCCAAAACGCUUUGGCCCUUAUUCUCGAGACAAAUAACGGUCAGCUACGAAACGCAGGGCUCUUUACACGGAAAUGCUUGAAGUCGAUGGAGAAUAUCGAGAAGUGGCUUGUGCUCCUCGGAGAGCAGAUUCAGAAAGCUUCCCUUGUGGGUGAAAUAGAUGAUCAAGAUGUUAUGGAGGCGAUCGAGUAUCAGCGCCACAGCUUGCUUCAACAACAUGAAUCGCUUGGCGCAAUUGUUUACUACUUGUUCAAAGGCCCAUACACAAACUCUGAAGAUCUUAGAAUACUGGUGGCCCAUCUCCGAAAACUCGACCGCUUUGAUGGUGUUCUUGUUCACUACAUCCCAUCCAUAGUUUCUUCCUUUGUUCAGCACGGAUCCCCAGAACGAGCGGACUCAUACAACGACGCUCGGAGCCUGAAUACGGCUAUUGUCUCCACAAUGGAUGGCCAGACUUGGGCGCAUCAGCCUUUCCACGCAGCUGUUAUAGCACUCUGGCUAGCGGUCUAUAGCGGGUGGGACUUUGACGUCCCACCCGCGCUUCCCCCAGGUACUGACCUUGAGAAAGAAGCUGAGGAGCGCACGAAAACGUUCAUGGCUGCUCUGGACGACGGCGGCUUGGAUCUUUUGCUCGCCAUUUGUUCAGCCAUCAGCAGUGAGGACUGGAGCGAUCCCGCGCGAAGUGAAUUAGUGACGUUGUUAUUGAGAGAAAGCGCGUCUACGAUUAAGGAAAGCUCCUCUGCAGCUCUCGAAGCGGAUUCAUGCUCUGAUUACUUGAAAGAGCUCUUAAUGGAGAACUUUGAGGUUUUCACCGAAUCUUGUGUUGCAAAUAUGCCAGACGCCGUCCGCAGACUAAAAGCAGACGAGGAUUUGCAGAGAUUGGACCAAAUUACCGCUCUCAGGGACGGACUGACCUCUAACCUGCAUCGCAGUGUUGUGGAAGCCCGAACGCACCUUGAGUCAUUCCUGGUAAUUAUGUCUUUCGCAUUCGAAGGUCGUCCAGACGCAGCACAAGAGAUCUGGGCCGACCCGGAUGGCAAUCUCUACGGCUUCCUCCAAUGGUCCUCGAAGCGACAGACCGUGCCUCGGGUUAGCGCCUUUUGCGAACUACUUUGCUCGAUCUCCAGCGGGGAAGAGAAUGCUGUUUCUGCACACAGGUUCCUUUUGGAGGAGGACAAGUUCAUGACUUCGAAAUUUAAGCGGUCCACAUCCAUGAACUGGGCACAGAUGUUCGCUGAGCUCCAGAUAUAUGCAACAAGAGUCACGGAGAAGCCCUCGCCUCAGACUUUGCACCGUGCCAGGAAAUUCGAGCCAGCUGACAUAAGUGAGCCAGAGAGCCCUGUCAUGCUGUCAUGUUACCUCCGUCUAGUCGGACACCUUUCUAGACAGAGCGCUACGGUCAGAGAGUGGAUGCUCCACCAUCCUUCGUUCAACAUCGUCAGUACGCUCCUGACCCUCUGCAGCGGCCCAUUACCGACACAUCUGCGCGCAACAGUAUUUCAAGCGCUGGGGGGUCUGAUGACCGACAGAAGUGCCAUCAUUGGCAAUGAAAUGUGGCUCGCGCUCGACCAGUGGAUUUCCAGCGGGUCUAUGGGUGCCUCAGGCGCUAACAAAGUACCUCUCGUUUCAAAUCCGCUCAUUCUGCAUGAGCAGCAGGCAUUCCAGAAGAUUGGCGAAAGUUUUGACCAGACCAACGCGUUCGUUGCUUUCUUGCACACCCUGGUUUCGCCCGCCACUGAUUCGGCAGAGUAUCAUCUCUGGCUACCCUUCCCGGAAUCUCUCGGUUCAUCCUAUCGUAUGCCCGGCAUCGAACCAUACAUAGACUUUGUGCUAGGCCACGCCUUGUCGAAGAAAGUCCCCGAACUCAACGAACGCCAAGCGCGCCUCCUUACUUUCAACUGUUUGGAUUUCGUCCAAACAUCCCUCAAAUCCUUCAAUGAAGCCCUAGUGACUGUGCUUAGCGCGCCGUCGGCAUUGGCAGACUCUCCAGUCAAGACCUCAACACUCCACACUUACGUUCGCCUUCAUCCUUUCGCGCGUGUGGCGGAAUGGCUAUACAAUGAGGAGGUUGUAAAGGUUAUCUUUGCAAAUGCUCACCGGGAUGUCAGUGAGAUCUCAAAGGCUCCACAUGACUCUAUCAUGGUACUGUCCUUGAUUAGGAGCCUUCAGGUUAUGGAUACUAUUCUCGAUCUACAGUCAACCUAUUUCAACAUUGUGCGACCAUUCAUCAGAUCCCAAGCUGGUAGCAGAGUUAAUGUUUCAAACUCUUCGCUGGCCGCUUUUGAGGACUGCGUUUUGAACAACUUGAAAAUUAUCCCGUUAUUGUGUUUGUAUUGCAGUUCGGGGCAUGAACUGCUUACCAUCACGUCGUUGGGGCUGUUAGAAAAGCUGUCUAGCUCUCAGAGACUAAACAAACUUUCUACGCCCGAAUUAUCCAGGUGGCGCUCAGCCAACAAGAUCGUCGAGGUUCUCACGACAGAGGUUGAUGUUGACAAUGUUGCUCGCCCAUUUGUGUCUCAGAUGCAGCCCGAGGCCAGGGAGCUUGAAUUCGGCCCGAAGUGCUCGGGCUAUGUCAUUCGGGAAAGCAUUCUGGGCCUCCUCAAUAGCUGCCUAGGUAUGAUCCCGGAUCGGCCAACACUGGCUCAUAUCCUACUUGGUUUCAGCAGUGUGGGGAACUUUCUCGAUGUUCGUUCCGAAGGCUUGUUUGCUGAUAAAAUGUCCCUCCUACAUGCCAUCAUCGGAUUUCUGGAGACCUAUCCGGAUCAGUUGAAUGGAAGCAUCUUACCUUGGUUGGUGCACAUGAAGCGCUUGGCUCUCGAGGUUUUGAGGCAUUUAUGGUCGUCGAGGAUCUCUUCCUAUUUCACGUUAGCGGAGAUGCGUGGCAGUGGUUUUCUUCACAACCUGAUAGCGAGCCAGCCUAUAGUUGGGCCAACCACGCUAUGGGAUGGACUUCCAGUCGCCGCCGAACAAUUCUGGGUGUGCGAAUCAACGAGUGCCCUUGCGGAAUUCCUCAUGUUCAGGAGUUAUCUCUUCGACUAUGCAACCACGGAGAUUCGCUCAGCGGCUAAAAGCGGCUCGCCAACACUUCAAGCGGCGAUCCUUUCUACCUUGUUUGGUAGCUCCCCUUCAACAACCGGGGUCACGAUUCCGAUUCCAACUGUUUUCGAUCUCUUUGACUUCGCAGACCUCGAUAUUACAUUCCACGCCCAGCCACCAGAGGUAGACUUCCUCGGCGGGCUCAAGAUCGAACUGUGUGCAAAGCCACAGGCAGAAGCGUCCCUUGUACUCUAUGAAAUUGGGGAAGUGGAGGAACUUAUCCGUGCCAGAAGAGAGCAGCUCGUGUUAGAUGGCGAACUUCGCCCACAGGACGAAGAAAUAUUUGCGGCAGAAGCUGACAGCUUGAUCUUGUUCCUCCAAGCAACAAACAAGUCCCGACAGAUUACUUGCAACCGACACAUAGCUCUUCGGUCAUGGGCUGAGUUACUGACCACAAUACUCACAUGCUCCGAACUCGACGGUGGCCGCAAGUUGACGUUCAUCUUACACUCCAUUGAAUUGAUCUUGCCAAAACUCGAGACUGCCAUCGAGGAGAAUCUGUCAGAAGGCCUCGAGUUGGCUCGAUUGGCCGAGACACUUCUAGGGAAACUGGAGCAGUCUGCGACGAAAUCGACCCAUUACAGGCGCAAUGGCGACAUUGUGGAUGAGAAACUCCAUCAGUUGUUCCAAGUCUGUAUUCGCGGCAUUAUUGUGGACACUGGAAAUGUCGAUUUGAAAGAGUCUCUCUACAAUAUCUGCUCGCUCUACAUUGCCCGCAUUAUCUCUCCCGGGAUUGAACAUCAGAGCAUGAGGCAUCACAGCCAGCAAGUAGUCAAAUCAGCGGGCCGGUCACUAAUUGAGGCUAUUUGCGAUGAUGCCUAUAGCGGUCAGGAAACAUGCCGAGUAUCAGCUCUUUUGUUGCUUGACUUCCUAGCAACUUUGGAUAGACACGCCGACUCCGUAUUGGCUGAAUCGAUAUCCGAGUCAAAUUACCUGACAUUAUUCCUCGACAGCGUUCGAGUGUUGCCACUUGAAUUGAGGAAUGCGCAGGCAGUCGAUACGCCUUUGCUUCUCUCAUACUAUGAGUCUUUGCUAUCCCUCCUACAACAACUCUGCCAAACGAAAUCUGGUGCAACUCAUGUCAUAAAGGCCGGUCUUUUCCAAGCAGUGCGCGAUUCGCAGCUCAUCUCUGCGGAUCCGGACCUCGGUAUCGACAUUGAUAACCCAGACGCUCUUCGGAAAUACUAUGGUCUCCUAGAUUCGAUAUUACGAGUUAUUGUCACUGCGGUAUUCUCUCGCGGACUUCACAAUGAGCAGAUGAUCGAGCAAACGCGGUCCUUCCUCACAGAGAACAGGCAAAGCAUGGUCGGCAUCUUUAAGCGAUUCGCUAAGAUUGGUGGAGCGGCCGCCCCGGAGCACCAUGAGGCACUCACCAGUAUUGCAAAAUCAUACACGGCCCUUGUUGCUGCGACAGACUUCCUAGAGGUUGAGGAAAGUGAAGUACAGGAACACAUUGGACCGAAGCUAUUUUCAUGAGCCUGGUUUUGUUUAAGUGUGAUGAUAGCAUUGGAUGAAUGAGGGUAGCGGUGUAUUUAUGGGAUUAAGCAUAUGGGAAUGGCUAUUAUGCAACAGUUUCAGGCUUCUAGACGACAUAUAAAUCCAAAAUAAGCAUCAAAGAACUGAAUAAUGCCGAGUGACUUUCAUCCUAUACAAAUGUAAGCAG